UGCGAGCCGCCAUCGAGUUCCCUCCCUUUUACCAUUUCCCGUAACAUCAAAUUCCAGAUAGAUAGCGGAGGAGGAGGAGGAGAAGCCUCCACUGCUUUGAUCGAUAACAGCUUCUUCAGAGGUUGACCUGAGAUCACAGUCCUCAGUCCCAAGAGGCCACCACCAUGUGGAGGAGGCUCGCAUCAUCACACCUCAAAACCCUAGCCGCCGGCGCCGCAUCAUCCGCCUCCCGCCGAUCCGCCCCAUCCAUCUCUCGGCUCGUCGCUGAUGGGUCUAUCGCCUCUCCUUCCCCUGCUGUCGCUUCUCUGUUGGUUCAUCGCAGCUUCAGCUCCGACUCAGGAACUGCAGUGAAAAAGAAGGUUGAAGAUGUGAUGCCGAUUGCAACUGGCCAUGAGCGAGAGGAGCUAGAAGCUGAGCUCGAGGGAAGGAAGCUUCUUGAUAUAGACAAUCCUGUCGGUCCAUUUGGUACAAAGGAAGCUCCUGCAGUUGUCAAGUCUUAUUAUGACAAGAGAAUAGUGGGUUGUCCUGGUGGUGAAGGCGAGGAUGAGCAUGAUGUCGUCUGGUUUUGGUUGGAGAAGGGCAAGCCUCAUGAAUGUCCAGUUUGUUCACAAUAUUUUGUUCUUGAAGUUGUGGGUCCUGGAGGACCGCCUGAUGGGCACGGGGACGAUGAGGAUCAUCACUGAUCCUGCUUUCAGAUUUUCCUUCUGGAAUAAAGAAAAACUGGGAGAUGGUGAGACAAGAGAUUUUCUGUAUACUCUGCCGCGUAAGAAUUGUGAAUCUCUUUUCUUCUGUUUGUUCCACAUGUGUCUUCAGUUCCCAUGGCUGUGUCUUGGCAACAUUCUAGUCAGUAUCUUUUCUCGUGGUAUUCAAGCUGUGAAGCCGUAAUUUUCGAGCUGCGAAUCUUGUUAGGUUCCCCUCCUGAAUCACCGAAUAAUUGGAGGCUACCUAUGUGAUUCUUUACCAAAAGUUUUAACUUUUCUGUUGCCAAUUUC